CACACAUGGUGAACUGAAAAUCCAUAGAAGAGAAAUUAGGUCUCAUUUAGGCCUAAAUCCGAAUCGAGAAACCAAUUCAAGCAGAGAGAUGAAAGGGAAGAACAGUUGUGGGACCUGCUGUUGCUGAUCCAAGAUUCAGUUGCCGUCACUGCUAGCCAACGGCUAAACGCUCGUCUGCCAACGGUUGAGAGCAUCCUGACAGCAACAAGGAAGAGAACGAGAAGAUGGUGUUGCUGUCAUCGUUUGUGAGUGAAACAUCAACAAAGGAAAGGGGAUCUGGAGCUGUUAUUUAAAUGGGUUUCUGAUGGGUUAUACUCGAAUUCAAGAGAGCUGAGAAGGAAAGCCUUGUUUCAUUAUCUCUUUGCUCUGUCCAUGUGCUAUUGUUGUGAUUGAAAGGCGCAGAUUGAUGAAGAUUUAAAGUCUUUGAUGGAAUGAUGAUAUGGGUUUGUGUUUAAUUGAAAUUACAGGGAAUUUGAGCACUGAGCACAUGUGAUAGAGUUAUCUCUGUCACCAUUUCAGAAUACACACAGCAGGUGUUUGAUAAACAGCCUGAGAGAGCAGUUCUGCACCAACUUCUUUUUGUUGGUUGCUGAUUGAACUGAUGUGUGCUGGUGGUUCUCGACAGUUUGGAGAUGCUCUGAAGAUCAAGGAGAUGGCAUUGCAGAUUGAGCUGAGUUUUAACAGUUGGUAAGAAAGGAAGAGCAAGGAGAUGUGGCUGUAUUCUAGUGGUUUUCAGCUGGAGUUCAGGGCUGAAUUGGUCUCGAUUAGGAGCUGACUUUGCUUGGAGGAUUUGGGUAUGAGCUGAACUCGCUAAUGGGGGCAAAGUGGUUUGAGUUUUGGCGGAGUUCUAAGCUUGUAUUGCUGCUGGGAAAUCAUGUCUUGGCAGUAGAAGAGAGACGAACCAAGUGCAGUUGGCAGGAUCCUGAGUCGAGCAUAAGCGGGAAGCUGGUGAUGAUGCUGCAUCACUGAAUUCUUUAGCAGAAUGGUAAUGAUAGGUGGUCUGUUUUACAGGAUUAUGAACUGAGUUCUUAUGGAUGCUGUAAUGGCUUGAACGCUUGAACUGGUGAUGUUCUGUGUCAUGUUCUUGAGCUUGAUUUCAGCUGGAAAAUCAGUGAAGUAAGGUGUAUAUGGCAGUUGUUAAGCUGCUGAGAAGAUUGGUAGAGUGUGAGCCAUGAAAGUAGCCGAGAGUACCAGCUGUUACCAAUAAUUUUAGGUGGUCUGGAGAGAUGAGUUAACUUGAAUCUGUUGGGGUUCUCAGUUUGUUUUGAUGCCAGAAAAAUUCUGAGCUGGUUAGCCGUGGCUAGAAUAGUUGUCUGCAGUUCGUGGUUGUGAGGUUCAGGUGGAGUUAUUGGCUACGAGAAAGAAGGGAAGAAACCACCAGUUUGAUCCAGGUUUGGUGCAGUGGCUAACCAAGGUUCAGGGGCUGAGUACAAGGCGUGUCUGGCAAUAGCAGUGGCUGACCAGUAGGGUGAGUUAACUUGGGUACCAAUUUAUCUCCUUUUUGGAAGGAGUUUCUUGCCGUGAAAACAACCAAGAAGAGGUGACUUUGGCGAGAGUUUUGGGAGUUGAAUGGCUGAGAUUGAAGGCUUACAGGGGUUGUGUAUGUUUAGGAUUAUUGGGUGUUGAUCAGGUCACAAAUUUCCAGGGACAGAAAAGCUAUAUAAGGAGGCGCAGAAAUACAAAGAAACCUACCUCUUUACCACCAGUUUAGUGCCUGCAACCUGCUUGGGAGAAGUUCUGAAAGUAAAGCUACACAGAAGCAUCAACCUGAACCUGUUUUCUGAAGCUGCUGAAUACCUCCACAGUGGUACAUUAUGCAGGGAGCUUUGUGUUGAUAAUUUUGCGAAAACUUCUCACCAAAUCAUUGUCUUCGACAAUUGAGAAUGCAACCAUGCUUGAAUUUUGAAUUGAGAAUUUAGGAGAAGAAGAAUAGAAUGAAACUUCACAAGUUUGGGGUGGGGAUUUUGAGUUCAUGUGUUGAGUUUAUAUAGAGAGGAGAAGUAAUCUGAGUUUGGGCUGAAAAUGUAGCCGUUAGACAAAGCGUUGAACCAAACAGCGCUUUGCCUAACAGCCGCAAGAUCAAAUUGACCGUUGAAUCUCAACGGUAGGGAAGGCAGCGAUGUACCGUUCAGCGCUUGGGCGAUGCACCAUUCAGCGCUGAGCAAUCUCAUCCAUCAAAUCAAAUAUGACCGUUGAAUCUCAACGGUUCUAAUUUAGUGGACGUUUGAAACCUCAACAACUAUAUUUUCAGGCUACUCUAUAAAUGGAGAACUGCUUCUCCAUUAUCCCUCACACCAAAAUCAAUUGAUUAUCUUCUUCAUUGAUUUUCUUCUUCUUCACAUAAUUUUGUGUAUACAAAAUUAUGACACACUUUACUACAAUUGAAGAUGAGGCACUAAUUUAUGGUUGGGUUAUAACAAGCGACGAACCGAUUCAUGGAAAAGAUAAAAAAAAAAGGUGCGGUAUUUUGGAGAAAGAUUAUUGAAGAGUACGAUAAAAUAAAAGGCACUAAUGGUACCACAAGAGAUAAAAAGUCAUUGCAAACAAGGUGCAAUACAUUGAGAACCGAAGUGAAAAGAUAUCUCUCACAUGUUAGGCCCUACUUCCGAAACAAACCUUCGGGGUUAGGUGAACAAGAUUAUUAUUGUCUUGGACAACAUAAUUAUGAAGCAGAGGUUGGAAGACAGCGGAAGACGAAUUUGGAAUCAGUUUUCCAGAUCCUGAAGACCUAUCAACCCGACUACAACCCAGUGAUGAAUAAUGAUGAUGGAGCUGGUACUUCCACCCAACCUACUCAACAGACUCAAGCUACUCAAGAAAAUGAAGCUGAUAAUAUGGAUGAAGAUUUGGAAAAUAUGGCAAGGUUUGGUAGCUCCUCAUCUACUCAUAAUUCUGAAACUUCGGACAUAUCUCGUAGAAGACGCUAUUUCGAACAAACAGAUGACGUUAGAAGUGGAGGGAGAGAUCAAGCAAAGAAAAGGGAUCGUGAGGUUAAAGCAUCGCAGAAAGCAUAUGAAAAAAAUGGAUAAACUCAUCAAACUUCUUGAAACCGCACAAGCACAAAGGGAGGCCAAGUAUGAAACAGAGGAAGAGUACUUGAAGAAGAACAUGGAAAACUCUACAAUCUUGGCACAAACACAACAAAGAGAAUCGGACAUGAAGAUUCUACGCCAAAACUUGGAUGAAUUACAGGAUUGGGAGAAACCCCUCUACAAAAUAUGGAAGAACGAGAUUUUGGCGCAUCAUGGAUUGCUGCUUAUCCCCUA